AUGGAUAAUGAUGUUACAAGAAUAGAUAGAUAUAUGAACAUCAGCAAACUAAUAUCCACUGCAAAUUACAUGUCAGUUGACGACGAUAAAACUUAAAGUAUAAGGUUCAUCGAUUAUAAUGGUAUACUUUGCGGUGGACACUUAUUGGAUUUCAACUGUUUAUACUCAGGAUUCAAUGGAUUUCAAAUCUUCUUUUAUUACUUUAAAUUCAUUGAUAUUUAUCGUGGAGUGUUAGGUGGCUCUAUAGUAGGAAAUCAGUAUUCUUAUGAGAAUGCUUUUGUUAUAGAUAUGCCAAUGCCAUAUUAUAUUGAGGGUGUAGGAUCAGUAAAAAUAUCAGUAUCCACUGGCUAUCUCAAUUUUAUGGCUCUUCUCAUAGAUCCUAUUGCGCCUUUGCUUAAUGGUUUUUAUGCCUUAAAUCUCUAACAAAAUAAUCAAGAAAUUGAACAACUUUAAAUGUAUAGAGGUGUUCAAUUGAUCAAUCAAGUGAAUAGAAAGAUAUUACUACCAUAAAUGAGUGAAAGUUAUGAGUACUACCUUGGAGACAUAGCAUUACUCAUAAGUACUGCAAGUUGCAGUUAUUAUCAAGAAUGCUCUGAUAUUAAAGUGACUCAAACUGUAACUAUGAAAGAUGGAACAAGUCUUAUCACAGCAUUAUUUAAAUAUGUUUCAAGUUCAGAAGUAGUCUUGCAACCAAAUUAACCUCCACGAUUUUUUUCGAAUCCUAGCAAUUUUACUUUGAUAACUGGAAGUAACUUAAUAAUGAGACUGCCUGAUUAUUAUGACCCAAAUCCCCAAGACACAGUCAAACUUAAAGUUUAUCCUGCAGAUUAGAAUUUAAAGAAUUAUUUCAAUAGCAAUCCCAUUAUGCCAAUGUCCAAUGAGUAUCAUUUAUUUGUGACGUUUAAAUCAACCGUUUAAAAACCUCCAGUUUAAGAUGAGAAAGCUAAAUAUGAAUUGCAGGUAUAAGAUGGUCUCAAGAAUACCAUUAAAUAAAGCGACUAAUUUAGUGUAUUUAAUCUUAGAUUUGCUGACCCUAGUAUUAAAUUUGAACUAUAAUUUGUCAAUGCAACCUCAAAGUAUAUGCAACUGAGAAUUGUAUUCUUAAAUCCUCUUAUAAUUUCAUUCAGUAAAAUCCUUUGGGGUUUAGUAAACACUUAGUAAAUAAUAACCUCAAUGCCACUUAUGACUAUAAACCCACCCUCAAAUCUUUACUACUUCUUCUUGCUAGUUGGAGGUUCACUAAGAUUUGAUAUAUCUUAAUUCAAUGACUUAGUCAUAAACUUCUUUCAGCUAUAUGGUUACUUUGAGCCUUACAACGAAGAUUUCUUUAAUUUCGGUUACGAGACUAAAGUUUUUCUAUUAAAUGUAGGAAUCAAUAUAGUCAUUAUUGUUUUCUUGCCUUUAAUUAUAGGAAUGGGCUACCUUUUCAAAUACUUAGGCAAUAAAUUUAAAAGAUUUAUCAAAUUCAAAGAUUUAAUGAGAAGAUUAGCGAGAUCAAUGAUCUACAAUUUUCCACUAAGGCUGUUUAUUGAGCUUUAUCUUAACUUAAUACUGAGUUCAGGUAUAAAUUUAACCGAUAUACAUUUGAAAUAAACUCCAGGCACUAAUUUUUCUUCAUUUUUAGCAAUAUUUUCAAUAAUUGUGCCAUUUGCUUCAGCUUAUUUAUUUUAUAAAAAACCAGUCAUCAAAGCUCUGUAGAAGGAAAAGUAUCAUACCAUUUUGAAAGAUUUAAGAACUGAUAGCAUUUGGAGUUUAAUGUAUUAUCCUCUAUAUUUUCUGAGGAGACUUGCUUUUAUAUUUUCGAUAUUUGUCUAUGAAUAAUAGCCUCAUGCUCAGAUUAUAAUCUAUAUCUUAAGUUCCAUAUUUCAAAUGAUUUACUUGAUUCUUGUGAAACCAUUUGAAACUCCGAAAUUGAAUUAUAUUGAGAUAUUAAAUGAAACUCUAGUUCUUUUCACAGCUCAAAUCAUGAUAAUUUUUACUGAUGCCUUUCUUGAUCCAUACCUAAGAUACGAUAUUGGUUGGUUCAUUUUAUCUUUAAUUACCACUGUCAGCAUUAUAAAUAUGAUUUCACUUAUUGCAUAAUUAGUAACAGUUGCCAAGAGGCUUUUUUGGAGGAUUAGAUAUGCCUAUUAUCAAUGUAAAAAGAAGGAAAGAGGAGUAAGACUAUAGCCAAACUCCGGUGCAAACGGAACCUAGACUACAGUUGGUUUCCUUUCUACUCAAGAUUUAAGUAAUUUCAGGAUUCUUGGACUAGAAGAUUCCUCUCAUUAAUUGGUUAAGAAUUAAAACUAUAAUCGAUCAAAUACUCAAAAUAAGAAAUCAUUGAAUAUCCUUAAUUUAGAAAAGAAGGGUGGAGGGUAAACUAGAAAGGAUAGUGCCCCUGAGAUUCAAGUAACUGGACCUGAAUAGAUGAAUGACGAGAUUUCAUAGCCGCAAGAACGAUAAAUAUCUUACAUCAAUAAAAAGCAGAUGAAGUACUUAGAUGAUUUGAUAGAAGAAAUGAAGAUAGAUGAAAUUGAGGAAUCUAAGUUUGAACUAACAGAUGAUGAUGAGUAGAUAGUCGAUGAAGUUAAUUUUAACAAUUAGAGAGAAGAGAGGCUUUUGUCCGAUUUGUUAUCAUUAACAUUUGUUGAGAGGAAUCUUUAUGGCAAAGAAUUAAAUGCAUGA